AGCAGGUCAUCUCCAAAUACGCCCUGAAGCAGGACGACACGGAGGAGGAGGAGAGGAGUAAACGGAUAGAGAGAGACAGGCAGAAGAAAGAGUCAUUGGCGCAGGAGGCCACCACACCCGAUGACAAUCCCUUGACGAAGGGAGAGGAUGAUUGUGAGGAACAAGCUGAGGAAGAGGAUGAUGAAGACGAUGAGUCGUCUGAUCCAGACAUCGAGGAGGAGAUCCAGGCCAGCAAAGCACAAGCAGGGCCAGGAGGAGGAGGACAACGAGGUAGAGGCAGCAAUCGAGAGUGAAACCGAGGUGGAUGGGGGGAGUGACGGAGACCAGGAUGGAGGAGAGAAAGAAGAGAACGCUGAGGAGGACACAGACUCUGUGACGAGAGGAAUCAGCCCCGUCUCCCGGGGCGACACUUCGCGGAUCUCCUCCUUAGUCGACCAAUCCCCCACAGACAGCCCCAGCCAAUCGGAGGCGAUGGAGGCCGACAAGGGGAACGAAUCAUCCGAUACCAACUUCAGAAAGGAAGACGUUGUUUCCUCCAAUCACAUUUCGGCUGUCUCUGUAAGCACUAGUGUGGAAACUAAGGACUCCUCAGCCUCCCCCAUGGCUGCGAAUCAGGUCUCUUUGCCUCCGUCACCAGUGCUGAUUUCGACCAAUGAGGACUCCUGCACGGUCAUCACUGAGACGAGGUCAGCAAAUUGCAGCCCCAGGCCACCCAGUCCCAAAGACACCUCCAGGGGCAGGAAGAGAAGGAGGAAAGAAGAGGUGGAAUCCAGGAAGUUUCACAACGGGGAUCUAAGGCACCACAAUGGGAGUCAGAGUGACAUCCCUCUGGACAUGGUCGUGGUGACCAGUAGCCUCCUGCAGGCAGACUCCACCAGGGCAGACACUCCCACCCAGGAGAUGGUCACCAGCUCCCAGUCCACCCCGCCACCGAAGAAAAACAAGGUCAACGUGGCCACCCAGUGUGACCCGGACGAAGUGAUUGUCCUAUCGGACUCGGAAUAACCUCUGCCCCCACCGUUCUGGGUGUUCACGCUUCCCAUUACUAGUCUGAAACCAGGUCUGUUUAUGCUGCACAAACAGAUCUGAGACCAGGCUAUCCCACUUGACUUCCAAACUAGUGCCUGCUAAUGUGAACUCUUGAAAAUGUACGCAUUUUCAGACGGGAGAGGGCAAACCUUUCACUACAGAUUUAAACUGGCGACGGACGUGGUAGUUUACCGCCAAUGUUUACAUUCAUAUUUAUAUGCCAAUUUUAUUUCCCAGUGUCUGGAUUGAGCAGGGAGGGAGCAGCAUCACGUCAGGUUAUUUUUUUAAUUUUAGCUGUAAAAAUGAGUUCAAUUAGAUAUUAUUUGACCAGUUUUUUUAUUUUUUUUGUCUGUUAUUUUAGAUGGGUGAAUGAAUGGGGUUAGUAUGCUAGAAUGCUGGCAAUAGAAGAUGAACGAGUUGAACACAGGAGUACUGUAACUUAGAUUUAUACAAGGCCAAUACAGGAUCUACAUCAACUUUGUCAGUGCGAUCAUGGAUCAUUUGUUGUACGUUUGGUGUUGCUGUGUCCACAUAGUGACACCUAGUGGCCUGAACGCCGCUAUUUCACCCAAGUAAUAUGCAAUCGCAACAUGUUGUCAGACUGGCCGUCAGUUUAAUUGUGUUCAAGAUGCCAAACGAAUACAAUUAAGCAGAUGCGUUGACCUAAAUGACCAGGUACAGCUUUGCAUUAACGUGAACUGUAGAGCGGUGUCCUACUUAAAGCAGACAUAACCCCCACAUUGACUUUGCAGAAAUAGUUGUGUUCAGGGUGAUGGACUACACCUCUAACAAUGCCCAUCUCAGCAUGUAGUAAGGUGGUGUUUGGGUUGGUUUGCAUCAAAGGAACGUUCAGAAUCCCUCUUGCUUGAGACUGCAAACAGUGGUAAUGAUUAAUCAAACUCAAUAUUUUUCAAAUCUCCCUAAGAGGCUUUGGUUGGAUUCCCUUGUUUUUACCAAUUCAAUAAGAUUACGGGGGAAGACCGCUUAAUUGUUAUCCAUUUUUCCUUUUAGUACACUGAGAAGCAAAGGGCACAUUUCCUUUUAAAUAAACUUUGAUAACGCUCACCAGGUGCUUUGUGGGUAAAGGCAUAAGGUAAAGUAAAACAUGAAUUGUACAUUUGGAAAACAAGAGUGACAUGCUAAUACAGAUUACAGAAAAUA